UAUUGCAGCCAUUCGAACGAUAGAUAUGCCUUCAACACCACCACAUGAACCGAGAUCGGGUGAUAACCUCUCCGAUGACCCUCUGGGCGAAGCUAGUUUUACUCCGCAACACGUGAUAUGCGUGAACCCACUGUGCAGGAGGAAGUGGAAGCAGUUGACUCCCAAGAGCAUCCCUAUGUUCUGUCCGAGCUGUAAGAAAGCUUCUGAGCUAGGCCUUUGGGAGACCUGGGAGGGCGUCGUCACUGACGACACUUUUUAUUAUAACCUACUGAAGUACUGGUAUGCUAUUUACACGGACAUCGCAUCGAUCUUGGGAUACCCCAAGAGCACCGACCUCAACCUACCGCAAGACCCAACGGAUGUCACCAUAGUCAACGUGAUGGACUUCUACCACGAAGUGUUUCCGGAGCACCCAGUUCCCGAAGACGUCCGAAACUGGAGCUCCAUGGGCCAGCGGAAGAAACAAUUGACUGGCACCAUCAUAAGGCAGUGCGGUAGGCUACUCUGGGAACUCACUGUAUUGGAGGAUCCACAGCAUUUUUAUGGCGGUCUUCAACGUCACCACGAUAUGGUCGGUCGCCGUUUUUAUAUCAUCGAUUGGAGAGGAGCUCUCAAAAUUGGUGACCAUGUUCAGUUCGUCGCCUUCCCGAAUCCCUCUGUGGACGAGCGUAUUAAACUUCCCCACGUGAUCAAGGUUCUAGACGAUCGUGUCAAUCCUCCCCACCACCGAGUAGAGCAAGGCUGGGAGGCGGCCAGAAGGUAUCCAGGUGAACAGCCACAACCCCAAGUGCUGACCAGCAAUGGGACGCAUAAGAAAAGCUUCGAUCCGUUCAACAGAUCAGCGGCCCCGUCGCACCGGGACCAACGUCAAUCUGAGUCUGGCCCGAGAGGAUUCCCACAAUGUCUGUCUAGUGGGCUCCGGGACAACCGAAGACCUUUUGGGAGCAAUUCUAAUGGCAAUGCUACUGGGCUCAACCAAGUAGCCUCCACGACGGACCAGCUUCACUCUAAGUCUGGCCCCGCACGGAACACAGUUGUUAGCUCCGGAGGUCACCCCCUUAGGAGGAAGAGCAAAGAUACCAAAAUGAGACCUCCGGCAGAUAGAGUUACCGCGGCAUCAGCCAGCACUAACGGCAAGUCCCCCGCGGACCAGGUGGAGAACAAGUUUCCCCCAAUGGUCGGGUCGAUGGUUGCCCCUCUACCGGGCUUCGAUGACACCAAUGCCGCCUGGAGUGAAUUAGCUCGGCUUCUAUCUGUUGCUGCCAACAAGGAGGUUCCUCGUACUCCUCAAGCCCCGACCCUUGAGCCCAAGAUACCAGAGUGGACUACGGUCCGUGCCCCUGCCCCAAGCCCUGCCUUGCCUGCUAGGCCCGAUUGGAUACCGGACACUCCAGCGAGCCCUCUGUAUCUCCAUCGAGACAUGAACUUCAGGCAGGCCCCCAACCCUCUUGUCCAGUUCCUGCAAAUGCAAGCUGCAGCUGGGGCUGCCAGCCAGGUACCCUCGGCUCCUCCUCUGCCCUAUGGGUCUGGCCAGGGCGACUCUAAUUCUAUGGUGUCACCGUUUACCCCCACGGGUGGCGUGCCGCCGGUAUCGGCAGCCGCAGCAGUGGGUCUGGACGGUGACUUGGCUGGGCUGGCCGCCUGGGGAGCAUCGUGGCCGUCUUCUGGUAUGAUGAAACGACAGAGCACGAGUCAGCCUCCUACCCCCAUCCAAGAGGAAACGGUUGGUGAAGGAGGAGAAUUCUUUGCGCCCCCUUCGACCGGCCAAAACCGUGUCGUACCUUGUAUGGUCUUCGUGACGAAGGCACUACCACUACUGAGAGCACUGUCCCUCGGGGUGAGGGCCGGGCUCGGAGUCCGUCCAGCGACGACGUGGUCCUCCGCCCCUCGACGCGUCAUACUCGUCGGAGGUCUCGUAGUCGUGAUGCUGGGGUGGCGGGACGACGACGAUUAUAGGAGGCGUGACGACGACGAUUAUAGGAGGCGGGACGACGACGAUUAUAGGAGGCGGGAUACUGCCGAUCAUAGGUCGAGACGCCGAGAAGACCGUUCUGAUCGUCCGGCUGGCGGAGGUGGCGGCUCCUACUAUGACGUCCGCUCCUCUCAAGAUCCCCCAGACGGCUCUUCUUCACUCCACUACGUCAACAGCUGCUCUCGAGGGAGCGGUCAAGAUGCUCCUUGGCCUGCUAAACAGGAUGAGACCCGUGGCCGCAUAGUCGACGACCGAGCUCCUCGUCCAGGCGAAGAUAGCCUGUCUCGACUCCCAAAGCCAAGCAGUCAGCAUGAUCCUCCCGAGGACUCGCCUGACAGUCUUCCGCGAGAGGCCAAGGCUCGAAGCGUCGCCCCUCCCAGCAAGGGGAAACCUGUUGUCCAGUUCGGCAAGGCUAUGCGGCCAGACCCCCGGGCCGCAGCUGACAAAGGUAACGUCUUGGAGCUCAGUUGCGACUGUCCACGGAAGUACGUCUCUCAUGUCCGACCACUACGAGACCCGGCAUGGCUACCGACCGUCAAAUGGGGUGAGGCCACCUUCGAGGAGCGCAUUCUUUUAAAGCGCGAAUUUGCCCCCCGAGCUGUUGCCAAUGCUCGGGGCCAGGCAACGGUACCGCCCCCAACGGUGUCCUAUGGCACUGCUGUGGAUGGGUCUUGGCAUGAGACUUGGCCCAGCGAUGUGGACUGUCGGAUAAUCUGCGUACUGCGGUUACCCGACUUGGUCACUUCGGACGAGACCUUCCUGCGAGCUGCAAGAGAGGCCAUCCCUUCCCAUUUGCGGGCGCGUGACGCUCUCCAGAAGGCCGUUGUUGUCAGAGCCUCUGGGCUUGGUGGCUCGGUGAUACCGGCCAAGUGUGGUUACCUUGCAUUUCGGACACGGCGUGACGCUCGAGAGUGCUGGUCUCUCCAACACCUGAAGCUGUAUGGAUAUAUAUGUCCGCUAAUAACAGAUCCUACAGCAUUCAGAAUACUUUGUCAAAUUGCAUUGGUUUUGAAACUUUAUGAAGGCCAUUCAAUUGGUGCUACUACUAGUAUAACAACACCUCGGUUGGUGCCAGAGUCCGGUCCCUCGACGGCCCCGGUCCCUUCAACGCAAGUCGGGUUCACCAGCACCAAGUUCGGCGGCGGAUUGUCUUCGAGGAAGCCUCUAUCGGGCGCCGUUCGUGGGGCCGACGUUAGUAACGGUGCAGCUGGUGGUAGCACAUCUAGAGGCCGCUUUGUCCUCCGUGGUCUCAAGGAGAGUCUGCAACGCCUUAAUGGUCCUCCUGUUGAGAGCUGUGGUAAUUUCUCAGCGUCUGCGGUCCGUUAUAGUCGUCUUGAUCAACGAGAUGGCGCUGUAGUUGGGAGGUCUGAGUAUGUCCGAGCGGAGACUUCUUCCGAUGGUCAGAGUCAGAAGCUCAACAUUGGCCUCACUAAGGAUCGCAAUGUGGUGGUCUUAGAGACUAACGAUGACAGCACUCUGGUUGAUUGGCGGCCCGAAUGGGUCUUCAGAGAUUGGGCUUGGGGCUGCCGACCAAUUUCCGUGGCCCUAGCUGAGAAGAAGUCUGCUGUUGGCGAGAUAGACCCCGCGGAGCUCUCUGACUACAGCACCUAUAGCGUCCCGGAUAUGAGCGUGUUCAAGCCUGUUCGGUCUGUACCAUUGACAGGGGGAAUGUCACCGCAGAGCAAGGCCCGGUCAGGGGCUACUAGCCGGAAGGGCAAGAAGUCCAAGAAGGAUAAGAAGAAGAAACGAAAGACUAGCCACGAGUUGACUACGAAGCUCGCGACGGAAGUGAAGGCUGAUGGAAGUGCUGCCACCAAGGCUGGAGAGAGGAUGCGGGCUGAGAGCUGA